GUAAUACAGAUCUGCUGGACAUACCAAUUGACGCCAAAACGGAAUGUUGCCGGCUAGGCUCUAAAUCAUAUUUAUUUUACUCCCCUCAUGAAGACCUUCUCGUAACCUUUACCUCGGAGUCAGAUUCUAGAAGAUUUCACAGAAUAAUUUAUAAGAUGCGGCAGGGGAAGGAAGCAUCUGUGUUUAACGAGAGAACAGAUGACUCCAGCGCGACCCAGUACUUUCAGUUCUACAGUUACCUGUCACAGCAGCAGAACAUGAUGCAGGACUACAUCCGGACAGGCACUUACCAGCGUGCCAUCCUGUCUAACAUGAGUGACUUCAAAGACAAAAUUAUCUUGGAUGUGGGAGCUGGCUCAGGUAUCCUCUCGUUUUUCGCUGCGCAGGCUGGUGCACGGAAGGUGUAUGCUGUUGAGGCUUCGUCUAUGGCGCAACAUUGUGAGAUGUUGGUCAGAGCCAACAACCUUCAGGAUACCAUCGAAGUCAUUGCUGGCAAGAUUGAAGAGAUUGACCUUCCUGACAUGGUUGACAUGAUCAUCUCUGAGCCCAUGGGUUACAUGCUCUAUAAUGAGCGCAUGUUAGAGACUUACCUUCACGCCAAGAAGUGGCUUAAGCCAUGUGGACGCAUGUUUCCAUCGCGUGGGGACCUCCAUGUUGCCCCCUUCAAUGAUGAGACCUUGUACUAUGAGCAGCUGAACAAGGCCAACUUCUGGUAUCAGAAUUGUUUCCAUGGUGUAGAUUUAUGCCAGCUUAGAGAGCAAGCUUUAAAUGAGUAUUUGCGCCAGCCCAUAGUAGAUACCUUUGAUAUUGGUACCUGCCUGGCCAAAUCAAUUCGUCACUCCCUCGACUUCCUGACAGCACAAGAGAAAGAUCUCCAUCAUCUAGUAAUCCCGUUAGAGUUCCACAUCCUGAAAUCCUGCACGAUGCACGGCCUGGCCUUCUGGUUCGACGUAGCCUUCCUAGGGUCCACGCAGACAGUGUGGCUAUCCACUGCACCAACAGAACCUCUUACUCAUUGGUAUCAGGUGCGAUGUCUGCUAGAGAAACCAAUAUUCGUUAAAGAAGGGCAGCUGGUUACAGGGACAGUGGAACUGAUUGCAAACAGGAGACAGUCCUACAAUGUGAAGAUCGUGGUCCGAGUGGAGGGCACCACUACUGUGUCCUCCAACACACUAGACCUGAAGAACCCCUAUUUCCGGUACACAGGUGUUGCACCACAGCCACCCCCAGGAAACAACACAGUGUCACCCUCAGAAUCCUACUGGCAGCAGAUGGAUGCCCUCGGUGCUAAAGAAGCGCUAAAUAUGGUGAAUGGCAUCACGGUGAACGGGCUUGGAGAAGUGGCACUAGAACAAGGACCUUCUCUCAUCACCCUUGACUCAUGCGGAACUUGGCGUUAAAUCUCCGAAAAAAAUGGAUGUGCACUUUGCCCCAAAACCACAAAGCAUUGUAGGCUGUAUGUGUAUGUGUGUGUCGCAUGCGCUCCUGAGAAAUGGGGCCGCUGCACGAGGCUCAUUCUUGCAAUGAGGGGGGCGCAGCGACAUGAUCCUAGCCAUUCCUAGCAUGCUUGCGUGGUUUUGGGGGAUGCAUUUGUUUUCAAUUAGUAUUCUCCACGAGAGCCAUGUUGCUGUGCUUUACAAUUUUCUCACGUCUCACUUUUAUCGCUGCUGAUAAUUUCUUGUGUGGUUUCAGUGCUGAUGACAAUGCAUAACAAGUAUUCCUUUUAAGAUGCAGUAAUGCUAGGUUAUGAUUGAUAUCAAGGUGUUAGGGUUGUUGGUACUACUAUUAAAAAAGAUUAAAAAAAAAAAAGAAAAAAAAACUGAAGCCAAUUGUGUCUAGCUGGAGAAGUCUUAUUUGCUGAGAUGAUGAUGAGGCUUUUAAUCAGUUUCAUGAGCCCUGUUGUGUAGACCAGUAGAGAAUAAUAAACUUUUGGAGCACCAAA